UCAUUGAUUUGGUUUACCUGCAUGGCUGUGAGACACAGACAGACCUUGUAAAGCUUACACGAGGAUCCCUCUUCUUUCUCACACUAUGCCACCCAAAGCUUCGUUUCUCUCUCUAAAACACUCGAUUCAACGGCUGAGAUUGUGAUUCUUGCACCCCACGAUCGAUCUAACGGCUGAUUCACUUCAUCAAAAUUACUCAAUUUUGAACAACUGGUUUGGGAACACAAUUAUGCCUGCAAAUAAGUACAACAGCAAUGGCAACACAUCAGUCCCAUCGAGUCGUAUCGAGAGACUUUUACGAGAAAGAGAGCUAAGAAAGAACAGCAAAGCUUCAAAUUCUAAUGAACCAAACACUAAUGAUGGCUUUGAGUUUAGUGAUAAUUUGGUUGAACAAUAUCUAGAAGGUGCUUCUGCUGCGCGCGACAGUUGGGAGAAACCGGAUGGUGGACUGUUUACGCAGCGCUUAUUGGUUGUUGCUAACAGACUGCCUGUUUCUGCGGUUAGACGAGGUGAAGAAAGUUGGUCGCUUGAAGUUAGUGCUGGCGGGCUUGUUAGCGCGCUUCUUGGUGUUAAGGAGGUUGAAGCAAAAUGGAUCGGGUGGGCUGGUGUAAAUGUGCCCGAUGAGCCCGGGCAACGAGCGUUAACUACAGCAUUGGCUGAGAAGAGAUGUAUACCGGUGUUUCUUGAUGAAGAAGUUGUGCAUCAAUAUUACAACGGCUAUUGUAACAACAUAUUAUGGCCUCUUUUUCAUUAUCUCGGUCUUCCACAAGAAGACCGUCUAGCAACAACUAGAAGCUUCCAAUCUCAAUUUGCAGCGUACAAGAAAGCGAAUCAAAUGUUUGCUGAUGUGGUGAACGAGCAUUACGAAGAAGGUGAUGUGGUUUGGUGCCAUGAUUAUCACCUUAUGUUCCUUCCAAAAUGCUUAAAAGAUCAUAACAGUAACAUGAAAGUUGGUUGGUUUCUUCAUACACCGUUUCCGUCUUCUGAAAUUCAUAGAACAUUGCCUUCUCGUUCUGAGCUAUUACGCGCAGUUCUCGCUGCUGAUCUGGUUGGUUUCCAUACGUAUGAUUAUGCAAGACAUUUCGUUAGUGCUUGUACUCGUAUACUUGGACUCGAAGGUACUCCUGAAGGUGUAGAGGAUCAAGGGAGGCUGACGCGUGUUGCUGCGUUUCCAAUUGGUAUAGAUUCAGAUCGUUUCAUUCGUGCGCUCGAGAAUCCACAAGUGCAAGAACAUAUGAAAGAACUAAAAGAGAGAUUUUCAGGGAGAAAGGUAAUGUUAGGUGUUGACCGACUAGAUAUGAUCAAAGGGAUUCCCCAAAAGAUCCUUGCAUUUGAGAAGUUUUUGGAAGAGAAUCCAUAUUGGCGUGAUAAAGUGGUUUUGUUACAGAUUGCCGUACCAACAAGAACCGACGUUCCCGAGUAUCAGAAACUCACGAGUCAAGUCCAUGAAAUUGUGGGCCGGAUCAAUGGAAGAUUCGGGACACUAACAACGGUUCCAAUUCACCAUCUGGACCGGUCUCUUGAUUUUCAAGCUUUAUGUGCACUAUAUGCGGUCACCGAUAUAGCAAUUGUCACAUCUUUGAGGGACGGAAUGAAUCUCGUCAGUUAUGAGUAUGUGGCAUGCCAAGAUGCUAAAAGAGGGGUGCUGAUUUUAAGUGAGUUUGCGGGAGCAGCACAAUCCCUUGGUGCUGGGGCUAUUCUUGUUAACCCAUGGAAUAUAACCGAAGUUGCAGCUUCAAUAGGCCAAGCUUUGAAUAUGAGCGCUGAAGAAAGAGAAAAACGCCACUGCCACAACUUCUUGCAUGUCACGACCCAUACUGCUCAAGAAUGGGCCGAAACUUUUGUCAGUGAACUGAACGAUACUGUAGUUGAAGCACAACAAAGAAUAAGGCAAGUUCCACCACCACUGCCAGUUGAAGAGGCUAUCGAGUGUUAUUUACAGUCAAGUAAUCGAUUAAUCAUACUGGGAUUCAGUGCUACAUUAACCGAACCAAUUGAUACUCCUGGUAGACGUGGAGGUGAUCAGAUCCGUGAAAUGGAUCUUAAAUUGCACCCGGAGUUGAAAGAAUCACUGAUGAAGCUUUGCGAUGAUCCACAUACAACCGUUGUUGUUCUUAGUGGAAGUGAUCAGAGUGUAUUGGAUGAUAACUUUGGUGAGUUUAACAUGUGGUUGGCGGCUGAGAAUGGAAUGUUUCUGCGAUCCGCUAAGGGAGCAUGGAUGACAACUAUGCCCGAGCAUUCAAAUAUGGAAUGGGUCGACAGUGUAAAGCAUGUCUUUGAGUAUUUUACUGAAAGAACACCGCGAUCACAUUUUGAGCUUCGUGAGACAUCACUGGUAUGGAAUUACAAGUAUGCAGAUGUUGAAUUCGGGAGGCUUCAAGCCCGAGACAUGCUGCAGCAUUUGUGGACCGGCCCGAUAUCUAAUGCAUCUGUGGAUGUUGUACAAGGUAGCCGAUCAGUUGAAGUUCGAGCAGCUGGUGUAACUAAGGGUAUCACAAUUGUUCGUAUAUUGGGCGAGAUAGUUCAUAGCAAAUCUAUUUCAUCCCCAAUUGAUUAUGUCCUAUGUAUCGGCCAUUUUCUAGGGAAGGACGAGGAUAUAUUCACCUUUUUCGAGCCAGAGCUUCCCUACAACGGCAUGGGUAUUCCCCGACCCAAACUAAGUGAUGCUACAAAGGGUCCCGGAGAUAAGAAACACUCUAAAAGUGGGCCGAAAACGUCUCAGAAGCAGCAACGACCUCUUCAAAGUCCACAUAACAAACCAACAAUAAACAAUAACAGGAACAAUGGUUUUGAGAAUGGUGGAAAACGGUCAUCAUCGGUGGCACCUGACAAGGUGUCAUGGAAUGUUCUAGAUCUUAAAGCAGAUAACUAUUUCUCGUGUGCCGUAGGACGGACCCGGACAAACGCGCGGUACCUUUUACCAACAUCGGAUGACGUGGUUUCGUUUUUGAAAGAUCUUACUCAAGCCUUUUGAAAAUUAAUUAGUUGUAUACACAUUUGUUAGAUUGAAUGGUGUUUGUUCCAUUACUAUGAUCGAUCAUGUGUUGCAAUCCUAAUGUGGGGCAUGUGUGAAGGCAGCCAGCUAAUGGUGUUAUUGUUUUGUAAGAAUAUGCAUGCAUGUUGGGGGGUUGUGAUUUGAGAGUGCUCAUAAUUAAUGGUGAGAAGAUGGAUGAUCUGUUUUUGGGUU